AUGAGUGCCGGGCGGCCGCCAGAAUUCGGAGGUGCAGAUGGUACCUGGCCGACGUAUCGUGUUCGUCUGGAGGCUUACUUCGAAGCCAAAAACAUCGCAGACGAAACGAAGAAGCGAGCACUCCUGAUAUCGUCGCUCACGGACAGCGCAGUGGGAAUGGUUCAGGGGCGUUGCCACCCGAGGAAGGUCAACGAACUCAGCUACGAUGAAGUCGUUGGGCAUUUGGAAGAAUAUUAUACUCCGCAUGUCAACGAGACCGCUGCAAGCUAUGCAUUCUUCAUGCGAGCACAGAAAGCCGGUGAGUCUGUUCAGGAUUUCAUUGCCGAAAUUAGGCGGCUGGCGGAAAAGUGCAAUUUCGGGGCAGCGUUGGAGCGCAUGCUGAGAGACCGAAUUGUGUGUGGCGUGCACGAUGAAGAUGUUAGGCGACACUUACUGACGCAACGGAAGCUCACGCUAGAACAGGCAGAAUGCUUUGCAAUUUCGGCACAAGAAGCCGCUGAGAACGCCCGAAUAAUGCACUCUACAGAGCAAGGUUCGGUAAAUUUUGCACGCCAAAGGAGCCGGACUGGGAAAGCUCGGCCAAAGCCGGAUCUGUGCGGCCAAUGUGGACGGUGUGGUAACGAAAGACAUGCCGAGGAUGAAUGUAAACACUUGCGUACGGUGUGCCACAGGUGCGGCAAACGAGGCCACCUGAGCCGAAUGUGCCAGUCAGCCACAUCUAUUCACCGACAACAGAUGCCACAUGUGGAUAGACGACGGCAAGGGGCGUACGCAACGGUAGCUGAAGACUGCACAACCUCGGAUGAUAACGAGGCCUUGUACACCAUAGAGGCCGUCCUUCACCAAGAAGCAAGCAUCCGCAAAGUUAAACCCAUUUACAAAGUCGUCAGCUGGGAUAACGUUCCGCUAACAAUGCUGGUCGACACCGGAUCACCUGUAAGCAUCAUUUCAGCAGCGGUGUCUCGGAAAUACGAAAUGAAGUGGCCGCCGUUGCGAAAAACGCAGCUGAAACUGUCCUGUCUGUUGGGUGAACUUCCAGUGCUUGGACAACUAUGCAUGACGGCCAGAUGCGAUGGGAAGGAUAGGCAAGGCACGGUCGUAGUGGUCGACAGCUUGGGACCGUCGUUAUGUGGCAGAGACACGAUCAAGGCUUUCAAUGAAAUCGGAGUGCCCAUGCUGACAAACAUCGUCGCGAGCGUGCAACCGAUCAAGUUCAACGGACCCAACACGGGACUAGAGGCCCUACUCAGCGAAUAUGCUGACGUCUUUGCUCCUGGUCUCGGAUUGUGCAAGGGACCUCCGGUGACAUUCCAGUUGAAAGAAAACGUGGUUCCACGGUUUUUCAAGGCCCGGACUGUACCUUACGCCUUGAGGGACAAGAUGUCGGAUGCGCUGGAUCAGCUAGUAGCCCAAGACGUCCUCACGCCUGUGAAAACCGCCGAGUGGGCAACACCAGUCGUACCCGUUCUAAAGAAGGAUGGGUCGCUCAGAAUUUGCGGAGAUUUUCGGAUGACGGUCAAUGCGGCCACUGCGACGGAGCAGUACCCGUUGCCACGAGUGGAGGACAUUUUUGCGAAACUGAAUGGCGGGGAAGUUUUCACGACGUUGGACCUGCGCCAGGCCUACAACCAGCUACCAUUGGAUGAGCACGCUUAG